CUUCAUCCCAAAACAUCAAAUACAAACAAGCCAGGACCCUGAAUCUGCACAGCCUCCCUGUCCAAGCAGAAUUAUAUCCUCAUAUCCUGGUUCUUAAUAUCCGUGAUCACCCAUCUCCACAUAUUUGCAAGGAAGUCGACUCUCGAUCGCAUUCGAGAUUCAAAAUGAAUCGAGCCCUCUCCAUUCGUUCCAACAAGAAUUCCAACUCCUCCUCGGGCGCCCGUCAUGGCUUCAGCUUCAGUUCCCUCCGCGGUACCGUCCAACCCGAGCUGAGCAAGAAACUCUACAAACUAAUUAAGUCCGAGAAUCACCUCAUUCAAAACUACGAAGCCGCUGGUAAAGAACGCCUUUCCAUCGCAAGCCAACUCUCCGACUGGGGCGAAGCCACCACCGACGAGGCAAUCAGCGAUAUCUCCGACAAGAUUGGCGUUCUACUCUCCGAGCUUGGUGAACAAGAGGAUCUCUACGCGCACAAUUUGGAUGACAGCAGAGCUAUUUUGAAGACAAUUAGGAACACCGAGAAGAGCGUCCAACCCAGUAGAGAUAGCAAAGCGAGGAUCCAGGAUGAUAUUGCCAAGCUGAAGGCGAAGGAGCCGGAAAGCGCGAAGUUGGUUACAUUGGAACAGGAGCUUGUUCGAGCAGAGGCAGAGAACUUAGUUGCUGAAGCACAACUUACCAACGUCACUCGUCAGAAGCUGAAGGAGGCAUACGCUGCCGAAUUCGCAGCCACCAUUGAACGCGCGGAGAAGCAAAUCAUCCUCGCCCGACACGGCCGCAGACUUCUCAACCUCCUCGAUGAUACACCUGUCGUCCCAGGAGAUAUUCGGCCAGCCUAUGAACACACCAACCAGGCCCGUCAAAUCCUCAACGACGCAGAAGAUGACCUAAAGGACUGGCAGCCGGAAUUGGAAGACGUUCCUUCAAAUGCCGAACUCAACGACAACCUGAUGCCGAGUUCAGCGAGCCAGCGCCAACAAACUCUCGAGGGAAGUGUUAUGGGUGGCGAGAGCGUUGGCCAUCACGUUGCUGGCGAGCAUUUGGAGCAGAACGCUGAUGGAAGCCGGAUCUCCAGUGGAACAAGUGUUACUACAGGUCCUGUUACGCAGGCAAAUUACCCUCAAAGUGAAUCUGUAGUCUCGGCGGUGGCAUAGGAUGCUUCUUUGACGAGGGGUGGUCUUGUAAAAUUGAUGUAUUGGCCUGUUCUUCUUUUCGGUUGCACGGGAAUUGGGUUGUGUUUCGCCAAACCAUUGCAUACCUUACUGAGUUUCUUCAGCAUGGGUAACAAAAUGUAAAUAUAGUUUUUCCACUGUUCGGAGAUGUCCUAGAAAUAACUCCGAACGCUUGCUGAUGCUCACGAACUAGUCAACUCACCCGCCAAAAC